AUGUUACGGCUUCAUGUCCCCUAUAUCGAUCUGCGGACCUCAGCGAUUGAUAGACGACGGUCUAGUCCCAGCCUGGCAAAUGAAGGAGAGAGGGUGACGUUUCUCGAUGUAGGAGUCGGAGUAGGCAAAUGUUUGCUCGAUAUCGAGGCCGGCAAGCAGCGUGUCCGAAUCGGCGACGACUUGAGGACCAACUUCACAGGGCUGGGGUUGCAUCAAGGCUCGACUUCUGAUUCUCCUUCUGCCGUGUUGCUACACUACAGGACGAAGCCAAGGGGCACGCUCUCGGUCGGCAAGGAUUGUCGAUAUCCACAGCAGUCAUCAUUUGUCGCCAAUGCGACUCCUUCGCUUGAGUCGACGAAUCUGUCGAAAUUCGCGGAUGCUGAGAGGAUCUGUCGAGGGGACCCGUCCAUCGUAGGCCAGAUUGGUGACUGCGAUGAGGUAAUCCAUCUGCGCAAUACUAGUUCAUCGUUAUUUCGACGGUACAUGUAUCUGAUCAUGUUCCCCCCAACUCAAGGCUUCUCGAAAGGCGGCAAUGGGGCGUACUGUAAAUGUCACAGGUCAGAGCGUGUCACGUCCCGUACAGACAAGAUCACUGCGGAAGAACGAUCAGACCUCCAUAGCGCUCGGUCGACUCCUUACCCUGAGAUCGAUCUGCUACGUCCGUGCCUUCAGCGCUUACGCCUCAUGAAUCGAGCAAAUGCAGCAUACAAGGGCAUGUCCCGCAAGAAUUCCAGUUUCCAGGAUUGCGACUCGAUCAUCGAAGACGCUGUUGUGGAGAACAACCAAGCGUCUGAAGACGACGCGCUCUUCCAAAUGGCCGGCUUGCUAUCCAUCUUGGAUGCUCAUCCCAGCAUCCAGCGGACUGCUGGUCAUGAUGAGACUGUGGCGCUUGGCUUCACUCGUCCCCACACGGCAUCCUGGCUGAAGAAGCCCAACAACCACGCAAGAGUAUUUUCAUGGAAACGCUAG